AGCCUUCCGAACUGUAGACAGUCGAAAAUAGCUCUCUCUCCCGCCACAAUUUCUGAUGCUGUCUCUCUUCAUCCUCAGUCCCGGAAAACGUUGUCGUAUCAACAAACCUUUCUUCAAACUCCGUCAAUUUCAUCUCCACACACUCUCUCUCCUGCCCAAAAGAAACAAACUGAAGAAACACUCCAAUAUCUCAGCCAACAACUGGAACACAACCCACAAAUUUGUACUCUCAAACCCCACUCUCUCUCUCCUCGAAUCAAAAUGCAAUUCCAUGAUCCACCUGAAGCAGAUCCAGUCCCAAAUGAUCGCCACCGGACUUUCUUCAGACGGGCUCGCUUACAGCCGGCUAGUAGCUUUCUGCGCACUCUCUCCGAUGGGCGAUCUCGAUUAUUCCAAAAGAUUGCUUUUUGCGAUGCAGAAUCCGAACGCAUUUUCUUGGAACAUAGUCAUCAGAGCCGUUAGCGAGAGCGAAACCCCGUCGGAGGUUUUUGUUCUGUACAAACAAAUGUUGGCUGUUGUUAGUUAUAGUGGUGUUUGUUUGAGGCCUGAUAAUUACACUUUUCCUUUACUUUUCAAGACUUGCGCUAGAUUUUCGCUCUCUCGUUUGGGUCAUGGGAUUCUUGUUCAUGUGUUGAAGAUGAAAUACGACGGCGAUGUAUUUGUUCACAACUCGUUGAUUCAUUUCUUGGUUUCUUGCCGGGAGUUGGAGGCUGCCAACAAGGUGUUUGAUGAAAGUUGUGUGAGAGACUUGGUUUCUUGGAAUUGUUUGAUUAAUGGGUAUGCAAGGAGUGGGAGAGGGAAUGAGGCUUUGAGGGUAUUCAGGGAAAUGGAAAAGGGGAGCGAUGUCGCUCCAGACGAGGUUACUAUGAUUGGUGUUGUUACGGCUUGUACGAAUUUGGAAGAUUCGACUCUCGGCCAUGAAUUCCAUCGGUAUAUAAUAGACAGAAGAUUGAAUAUGACAGUCCCACUUACAAAUGCACUUUUGGAUAUGUAUGUAAAAUGUGGCGAUCUUGAAGAAGCGAAGGAGUUGUUUGAGAAGAUGGAGGAAAAGACUAUGGUGAGCUGGACUACAAUGGUAGCAGGGUGUGCAAAAUCCGGGCAGUUGGAUCUUGCUCGUAAACUGUUCGAUAAAAUGCCUGAGAAGGAUGUUGUCCCGUGGAAUGCAAUGAUAAGUGCUUGCGUCCAAUCCCACCGAGCCAAAGAAGCACUGUCUUUGUUCCACGAGAUGCAAGAAUUGAAAAUCGAUCCCGACGAGGUAACCAUGGUCAGCUGCUUAUCCGCUUGCUCGCAGCUCGGAGCACUCGAUGUCGGAAUUUGGAUUCAUCACUACAUCGAGAAACACAAUCUCUUCCUCAACGUUGCUCUCGGUACAGCUUUGGUCGACAUGUACGCAAAGUGCGGUAACAUCAAAAAGGCCAUUCAGGUCUUCCACGAGAUUCCUGGCAGAAACGCAUUGACUUUCACCGCCAUGAUUGGUGGAUUAGCACUCCACGGAGAUGCAAAACAUGCCUUAUCGUGUUUUCUUGAGAUGAUCGAUUCCGGUUUAGUCCCCGACGAAGUAACUUUUCUCGGAAUUUUGACAGCUUGCUGCCAUGGUGGUUUAGUGGAAGAUGGUCGAAGAAUAUUCUCUCAAAUGAGCUCGAAGUUCAAAAUCUCCCCGAAAAUUAAACACUAUUCGUGCAUGAUCGAUCUUCUUGGUAGGGCGGGUCUUUUGAAGGAGGCUAUAGAACUUCUCGAGAGUAUGCCUAUAGAAGCGGAUGCAGUGGUUUGGGGGGCCAUGUUUUUCGCAUGUCGAAUGCAUAAAAAUAUUGAAUUGGGAGAGAGAGCUGCUACGAGACUUCUUGAAUUGGACCCGAGUGAUAGUGGGAUAUACGUUUUGCUUGCGAAUAUGUAUGUGGAAAGAAAUAUGUGGGAAAAAGCUGGAGAAGUGAGGAAGAUGAUGAGAGAGAGAGGAGUGGAUAAGACACCUGGCUGCAGCUCUAUCGAGGUUGAUGGAAAUGUGUACGAGUUUAUAGUUAGAGAUAAGUCGCAUUCUCGAUCGAAAGAGAUAUACGAGUCUUUGGUUCAGUUGUCGGAAGAGAUGAAGGUUUUUGAGUGUGUGUCGGAUAUCAAGGAUGAUUUCUUGUUUGCUUCUGAAGUUGGCAGGUAAUGAGUUCCCCGCGGAGCAAAAAAUCGGGAUUUGCUAAAGAUGGCGAUCGCGGUUGGUUCUGAUACGAGAUUUUUUGUAAGUCUUGUUUCGCGAUAAAUUGCAUUCAACGAGACAUAUAUUAUUACUUCUUACAACUCUUGAACAGCACAACAACAAUGGAAAAGUAAUCGACAAAUCUCAGGUUAGAAAUGGCUAUUGUCGAUUGCAACUGCAUUUAUUAAAUAAAAUAAAUGUCGAUUCACAAUUGUCUCCUGAAUUAUUUAGUACGGAAUUCGACGUUGGAUACUAUUUUUUGAAAGCUAAACCAACUUCUGUUUGCCCACCCUAAUACCUCCAUCUUAACUACCGUACAUUGUUCUUACCAUUUGAUGAUGCUGAGGUCCCUACGAAAUGAACACACGUGAACUAAGCCGGAGGUUGAUCCGGCGGAAACCCCUCCGACGUUCAAGUCAGAUGUACGGAUCGUGGAGAUUGUAGAUAGAAUAAGCACUAUAGAUUAUUUGUGGAUAAUAGCUUAACAAAUGAAUAAAAACCUCUAUUUAUAUGUGUUGAUUGAGUUGAGUUUAUUUUGUUGGGCCCAAGCCUUAUUUUGAAGGUGCUUGGGCUUUCGUGUAGUGGACCCAAUUAUUAGACAAAUUGGGGGCCCAUUGAAUCGGCCCAAUUAGAUAUAUCACCAUU